GGGCUGCGGUCGUAUCAUCUACUCCCUUUUUCUGUCAUCGCCAAACGUCUUUUUUUUUCAAAUUCCGCCCAGUCAUGACGUCAUGAAAUACCGUCGCCAUGGGAACGGGUAGCAUGAGGAAAAUCAAUCGGAAGCCGAGGGAAGAUCUAGAGGUAGUUGCCUGCUCUACGAGGAGGUCGCUCUGGGAUGCACUGGUGAAGACCUGCCGCCGAUUCACCGCUAGCUAGCAUCUAGACGCAACAAAUAAAGUUUGAGGGUCUAACUGUUCCAGUUUACUAAAGAUGGCGUCAUCUUGGAGACUUUUGCGUGAGCGGUUCAAGUCAGCACUCGGCAUUUCUCGCGAAGAAGACACCAAAACCAUCGUCGACAAGGAAGAAAUCGACGAAUCGCUGCAGACUCCAACGCCCGGCGUGGACGAAGCGACCCCUACCGGAAGAAGGCCGCGUUGGCAGCUUGUUUUCCUAAGCGCUACGGUAUGUGGGAUUGAGCUGUGCUAUGCCGCGGAAACGGCAUACGUUAGCCCUACUCUACUCAACAUCGGAGUCCCCGAGAGGUUCAUGACAUUAGCGUGGUGUCUGAGUCCGUUACUCGGGUUCUUUCUCACUCCUCUCCUCGGGUCGGCUAGCGACACCUGCCGGGCAAAGUUGGGACGGCGCCGGCCCUUUAUUCUCCUUCUGUCCGCGGGAAUAGUAACCGGGCUUAUCCUCGUUCCAAACGGUAGGGAUAUCGGCGUAGCACUCGGAGAUUCGGAAGACGGACAUUUAGAUGGGCAUAACGUGUCUUUUCCGACUUCCCCACCCAUAGAAAACAUAACUCAAGCCGAAAACGUCACAACAGCACCAACAGAGUUACCACCGACUGGAGACUACCCAACAACCCCCGCGACACACACCGGAAAUGCGUCAGACCAAUGGGUUGACAUCACUUCCCCUGACCAUCAUGCAUGGGGCGUGGUGUUCACCGUGGUGGGCGUGGUUCUGUUAGACUUUAGCUGCGACGCCUGUCAAUCACCUUGUCGCGCUUACCUAUUGGACGUUUGCGUACCAGAAGACCACGCUAUUGGUCUGACCACUUUUACUAUUAUGGCCGGCUUCGGUGGAGCCGUAGGGUACCUAGUCGGCGGACUGAACUGGGAAAACAUUGAGAUUGGCCGACAACUAGGUGGCCACGUCCGAGUCGUCUUCCUCGUUGUACUAGUUCUCUUCGUUCUCGGAGUGUCUCUGACAGUCACGACCGCAAAAGAAACUCCUCUACCGGUCCUUCUUCGCAAAGAGAAGAAAGGAAGAAAGGAUGUCGGCUAUCAGUCAUUCCAGGAAGAAACAACGGAAACGGAAAUGACAAAGCUCUCCGAUGGGUAUCAGCAAAUUGGCGGGAAAAACACUGAAGAGAAAGACGACAAAGACAAGAAAAUUGUCUCGUACCAAGAGAAUGGAGUUGCCAACGGUGACGUCACCAAUCGAUCAACCAUUGACGGACCUGGGCAACAUCCGGGGCAUGUUGUUGCCAUGGAGACUGCAGACGAUGACGAGUACGACCUUCAGGAGCCCACCCUCAAGACCUACCUGCUGUCAAUCAUCUACAUGCCGAAGUGUUUGAGAAUACUCUGCCUCACCAACUACCUGAACUGGAUGGCCCUGGUGAGCUACUCGCUCUACUUUACGGACUUUGUGGGGCAGGCGGUGUACGGAGGCGACCCGCGGGCCCCCUUGGGGUCCCCGGCGAGGGAGCUGUACGACGAGGGGGUGCGGAUGGGAAGUUGCGGGAUGGCGGUGUACUCCCUCACAUGCUCCUUCUACUCCAUGAUCGUGGAGAAACUCAUCUCUCGAAUAGGCGCCCGAGCUGUCUACAUGGCUGGCCAGAUGACUCAUUGCGUUGGAAUGCUGGCCAUGGGGCUGAUCCGACAGCGCUGGGCUGUCAUCGUGCUGUCCUGUGCUGCCGGAGUGCUGUACGCCACCAUCUUCACUAUACCGUUUAUCCUGGUGGCCAGCUACCACUCACAGGGCCUGUUUGACCAGAUCCGAGAAUCCGGCGGAAAAAAGAACUACAUCCGGGGACUUGGAACAGACGUGGCUUUGGUCAGCAGCAUGGUGUUCUUCGCCCAACUGACCCUUUCGUCCUUCAUCGGUUCCCUGGUGUCAGCGGUCAACUCUACUGUGGCCGUAAUGGUCACUUCGUCCAUCCUCAGCUUCCUAGCAUCCGUUGCCGCAAGCCGAGUGACGUAUCUAGGCUUGUGACGUCACUGUGUGACGUCAUCGAAACCUUGAGGCAAACCGUCGUUUGUAAAUGCGUUUGUAGUCAUGUAGUAGCGUUUGUGAAUAAUUUCACCAAGUUGAAGAAAAUCACUCGACAAAAGGGCCUUUGUUCACAACCAGGAUUUGAAUACACAGCAGUCUCAUACGUUUGGGACUGCAUAUAUGAUAAUACUUAACGUUUGGGAUCGCAUUGGUUAGCAGCGACACCUAGCUGCAGUGUGGAGUAGUACAAGUCAGUAUUGCCAUGACGAAGGUGACAGACCGUCAGCAAAACAUUUCGUUUUUGCUUUUGUAUAGAUCCUGGCAGUGAAUAAAGAACCUAAUUAUCCACCUACUAGUGUUAUUUAGAUGUUAAAUGGUUAUAGCGUUAAAAGUAAACGUUUGUGCUUGGUAUAAUCAAAAUGCUGUCUGAUUCUGGUUCCACUGUUUGUAUGGUACAAUGAAAUAUGUUGGGAAAUGAUAGAUUAUUACUAUAACAAAUGCCGAUAUCUUAUAAAUGGCCUAUUAAAUAACGUGAUCUAUAUUGCUCCUUUAACAUUGUCUAUAUUUCACACAAGAAAAAAGUUGAUCAACACAAAACAGUCUAACAACAGAAGAGCAAGAUGUUAGUGUGGUUUGUUUAUUGUUUAUUGUUUGAAAAAUGAAAUCAAGUUGAGACAAUGCAUAUGGUUCAAAUACAAACAAUUCAUAGUUGUUUAGAAGAAAGUGUUCACUGCGCUCAUGUGUUAACUACAAGAGGCAAAUGACACACACGGUGGGCGGUAUAGACUUUCUGAAGCUUUUGUCCAGUAUAUAACGUCACAAAUACGUAAGAUCACGUUUCCUGAUGGUGAUUGAUAAUUUGCAUAGAAAAGCACGUCAACAACACAAGUUUGAUAUAUACAUUUACAUCUAGGUUAGUAUUUUGUUAUUUAAAAUUGAUAUAAUUACUCUAAUGCAUAUGAUUUAGAAUGAGGACAGAUUCGAUUUUGUUAUAAUGUUUAGGUGCUUUCCUCAGCUACAUUACAAACUAGAAAUGGAAAAAUUAAUGUAUGUAGUAUGUAGUAUGUUACGUCUGGUUACGUAACGUGAAGUCGAUAUUAUGUAUUUCACGAAGGUUCAAUAUUGUAAGAAGUCGCUAGAGGGCGUAGCUUGUCCGUAUGAAUAGUGUGAUUUGGCGUAAAGUUGUUUAGCAACUGUGCAUUGAGAUGUAGCAAGUAUAUGAAAAGACAUAUGUGAAGAAAUAGUGGGAAAAUGUAGUACACUAGACCAGUUGAUAAAAUCAAAUGUACUUGGGUACUUUAUCUGAAGUAGCUUUCUCUGUCUUGUUCUGUUUUGGGUACAUGAUAUGUUAUGUCAUUUGACACGGGUGAUGCUUUAUCGAUAAUCAUUCAGCCUAUUUUUAAGUAGUUUUCACACGUUGCCACCAUUUGUAAAUGCUUGUACAGGCAGCAACCUUGAUUAUCUGUGCAAGCUUGUGUACUUCAUCCCUUGUCUGGUGUCUUGUUGGCCAGAGAUUUUCAUACAUUUCACAAAGAUGUGAACAAUGCAAGGCAGCCCUUGUCAAAUCUCCUGGACAAAGGCGGCGCACGUAGGCCUGAAUCAAGCCUGAAAAAUAGCAAGAAAUAU